ACCUAGUCGCGGCACCGUCACGUUUCGAAUUCUGGAUUCUGUGGUUAGACGGCAGCACCACAGCAUCAUGUAUACAUAUUUCUAUAGUACUUUAACUCUAUCUGGAGAGCGUAGAAGAGGGUAUAGUCGCUGGUUGGUAUACGGACCGGGGAAUAACUCCCACGAGUCCACACGACCUGGACCCUUCUGUCAGACUGCCACGGCCAGCAACUUGUCGCAUCGAUGCAUUUGCCUCCCAUUUUCUACCAUUAUUUUCACUCGCCACUACCUUAUUCCACGACCCUUGUGCUGCAGGAAACCUUGCAUGUGUUGCAGCUCGCCGCGCGGAACAGUACAAAAUCCCAUGCGUAUCAUCCAGACCUGUUGCUUCUCCUGCAGCAUCGGCCGGUAUACACCGCUGGUCGUCGCCAGCAUGCAGACAGUACCCAAGGCGACCGUAGACGGCUCACCAACAUUGGCGCCGACUUUGUGUCGACGGCACGGGGAGGCGAGUAUACUUUCCAUGGGCCAGGGCAAAUAGUCGGGUAUCCUCUGCUUGAUCUAGGGCGGACCUCCCCCGCAAUGGGCAUUCGAGACUACAUUUGUCGCAUGCAGAAGACGCUCGAGAUCCAUCUCAAGGAGGCCCACGGUCUUGAUCACGUCCCGUCAGACCAUACCGGUGUGUUCCUCGACGCUCACACAAAAAUCGCCAGCAUCGGCGUCCAAGUCCGGCAUCGUCUUACAACCCACGGCUUUGCAAUGAAUAUCACACGCGAGCCUGAACCCUGGUUUGAUCAGGUCGUUGCCUGUGGCCUCGACGGCGUCAAGGCGGGGAGCAUAGAGUCCGCUACCAACACGAAGAUCAGGGUGGAAGACGAGAUUCCAGGCCUGGUCAGUCGUUUUGGAAGAAUGUACGAGCGCGAGAUGUUGCCGCUGGAUUUGAGUGAUGAUGAUCCCAUUAUAACCGAGAUAAAAACCAUGGAGAAGGUGGGACGCGAUGCUGGCGCUUGGAAUUCGGCGCCUUUAAGUUUGUAAUCCAAGUCAGCGAUGACAAAUACCUUGAGACAAUCUGUCCCGAUCUUAUAACAGCUUCCAUCGACCUUGCGCCUGUACCUCAAUUAUGCGCCUCCUCAUUCUUGGUGGAACAGGCUCCUCAGGUAUUCUUCUCAUU